AUGGCAGCUGUGAGAUCUCUCCUGGGCAAAACCGCCAUCGUCACAGGCUCCUCCUCAGGGAACGGACGCGCCAUAGCACUCACCCUGGCCAAGGCUGGGGCCAACGUUGUAUGCUCUGAUCUGACCCCCAACCCACGAUCAGAAGGAUACGAAGAGGAUGGCCAACAUCAGACGCAUCAGCUCAUUGCAUCGCGGAUCGGAAAAGACGGAGGCAGCAACAACACGAUCUUCCAGGCCUGUGACGUACAGUAUCCAAAGCAAAUCAGUGACUUGAUCAAACGAACUACAUCGGAGUUUGGCCGCUUGGAUAUCAUGGUUAACAAUGCUGGCAUUUUGGCACAUCUGGGCACAAUCGUCGAUUCUACCGAGGACGACUACGACCGCACGAUGGCGGUUAAUGUCAAGGGGACGUACUUUGGAUGCAAGUACGCGAUUGAGCAGUUCAUCGCUCAAAAGAAGUUUGACUCAUCGUCGCAUUCAAUCGGGAAGAUUGUGAACUUCUCGUCGAUUGGUGGUGUCAUAGGGCUGAAAGAGGAGCCGGCGUACUGUGCAUCUAAGGGAGCAGUGGUCAAUCUAACGAAACAGCUGGCGGUCGACUUUGGAAAGAAAGGCGUUAAUGUGAAUGCAAUCUGUCCCGGAUUCUUGCAGACGGCAAUGGUCCGUCCUUUCCUGGACGACCCAGAACGGAAGAAGUUUCUUGACGAAGUCACACCGUGGCCGACUCUAGGGGUUGCACAGGAUGUAGCCAAUGCAACCCUGUGGUUGUCAAACCCAGAGAGUGAUUAUGUGACAGGAUCAGCGUUGACAAUCGACGGCGGAUACACUGCUAGGUAG